AUGGUGGAAUCAAAGGGAGGGAAGACAGAAGGAGGCGGCAGUGACGGUCCUCUGUCUUCUGUCGUGAACGUCAAGUCGUUUCCGUUCUGGAGUCUGAAAUCGGUGCGUAUGCACUUCGCCGUCAUGUUGUGCUUCGUGGUUCUGGCCAACACCAUGAUGAGAAACACGUUGAGCAUGGCCAUUCUCUGCAUGGUGAACUACACCGCCGUACAGGAGAUGGAUGUAACAUCGAUUCCCGUCAACCGCACGAAUGUUCCUCCCGGCUGCCAGCUGACCGAGGCCACCAUGAAGCAGUAUGAGGUAUAA